AUGGCUGAUUCUCCAGCAGCGGCGCCUUGGCCGCCGCAUAGCAACGCCGAAGUUUGUUACGGAGCCGCUUUUUUCAACAUCUCCUCCUAUGGAAUCCUGGAAAACUAUAAAUCUCCGAGUGUCAUCUUCGGAUACGCAUUGCCUCUUCUUGAGAUGCAAAUGAUUCUCAUCUUCGUUUUAAUCGUCUUAUGUCAUAUGUUUCUUAGAUAUAUUGGCAUGCCACAGUUGGUCUCUUACAUGCUCGGCGGUUGGCUUUUGGGACCUCACGGCCUUAUUGAUUUGCCGGAGUUUUCUUCGGACCGGUUAUCGUUAGACGCAGCGUUGGACGGAAACGUAGCGUUGGAAAGUAUGGCCAAGUUCGGGCUAAUAAUGUUCACGUUCUUGAUGGGCGUCAAGACCAACAAAAGAGCGGCGUUUCAAAUCGGUAAAAAGCCCGUUUUGAUCGCGGUUUCGUCCUAUGUCAUGACUUGGAUAUUUGGAUUAGCUUUCAGAAGCUUCGGUCUCGCAAAAGCCGACCCUCUCUAUAUGCCUCUGAAGCGGGCACCAGCAGAACGCACCGUGAUUGUAGCGGUUCAAGCGGUUACGAUGUUACCGACCGUAACGCAGUUCGUUUAUGAGCUCCAGAUUCCAAACUCCGAGCUCGGCCGCGUCGUCAUAUCUAUCGCCGCUUUCAACGAUCUCCUCGGCUUUUUGAAUCUUAUUAUCGUCUCUUACAUAGGAACAUUCAGGUUCAAAUCGCCGGGGAUAGCGAACCGGGACGCAGUGGCAAUGAUAAUCUUAGUUCUAGUGAUCAUAUUCAUCAUCAAGCCUGCGGCUCAACGCAUAGCCGACAUGAACCCUGAAGGCAAGCCGGUACGGAAACUCUACUUAUACGGAACAAUCAUGACCGCAAUCGCUGCGAGCAUUUACACAACGUUUUUCAACCACAUCCACAUUCUAGGAGCUUUAUUGGUUGGCAUGGCGAUCCCAGACGGUCCUCCUCUUGGAUCGGCGUUAGAGGCCAAGUUCGAAAGCUUGACUACAAACAUCUUAUUCCCUAUUUCAGUCGCGGCCAUGACCAUGAAAGGUGACAUUUUGAGGCUGUUUUAUGCAUUCGAUGACAUAUCCGUUAACAUGUUCCUGGUGGGUUUUACGUUGUUCGUGAAAUGGAUUGCCACUUUCGUACCUUGCUUGAUCUGCAAGUUACCUACUAGAGAAUCCAUCAUCGUCGCCACUAUCAUGAACUAUAAGGGUUUUAUCGACUUAUACCUCUUUGAAACCGCCAAAAAUAGAGGGAAUUUGUCACAAGCGACGAACACGUUUCUGAUGAUUUACGUGCUAUUAAAUGCGGGGAUUUUGCUUACGAUCGUGAAAGCACUAAUUGAUCCAAAGAGGAAGUAUAUUGGAUACGUCAAGAGAAACAUCAUGCAUCUGAAACCAAACUCAGACCUCAAGAUCCUAACUUGUUUGCACAAACCUGACAACAUCUCAGGCGCCAUCUCGCUGCUUCAAUUACUUUCUUCGCCGUUACACAACGAUAACAAAGACAGAGGAGUCAUCUCGGUCACUGUGUUACACCUCGUGAAACUCACGGGACGUGCGUUUCCAAUCUUGGUACAGCACGACAAGCGUUCUAAACCGCGGUUGCCUCAAAACUCCUACAUCCAAACGAUGAUGCUCGCGUUCAACGAGUUUCAACAAGAGAACUUGGCAACUACGACUGUUACUUCCUUCACAGCUUAUUCUCAUGAGAAUCUAAUGGACCAAGACAUUUGCAACCUCGCAUUAGACCACCUCACAUCGAUGAUCAUCACACCUUCUGGACGAAAAUGGUCACCGGAUGGUUUAUAUGAAUCAGACGAUAUUAUGAUCAGAAACGUGAACGCUUGUCUCUUAGAUCGGGCUCCAUGUUCGAUAGGAGUGCUCAACGACCGAGGCUACCGCAAGAACAAGAAGAGGAGUAAUGGUAUCGUAAACGUUGGUGUGAUAUUCAUUGGUGGCAAAGAUGAUCGUGAGGCGCUCUCGCUUGCGAAAUGGAUGAGACAGAACCCUAGAGUGCGUCUCACGGUGAUAAGGUUUUUGUCUGCUUAUGGACCAGAAAAGUGCAAGAACUGGGAUUACCUUAUUGAUGAUCAGGCCUUGAGUGAUUUGAAAGAAACGUAUUCGGACGCAGAAACUUUUGCUUAUAUGGAGAAGACAGUCAACGGUGGUCCUGCGGUGGCUACCACCGUUAGAUUGACGGCGGAAGACUAUGAUUUGAUGAUUGUAGGGAGAGAUCACGACGAAGAUAUUCUGAAUUUCUCUGGAUUGGCGGAGUGGAUGGAGCUUCCGGAGCUAGGAGUCAUUGGAGAUUUGCUUGCGUCUAAAGAUUUAACAACUAGGGUUUCUGUUUUAGUAGUUCAACAACAACAACAACAUGAAUGA